AUGCUGCGUCAUGCAUCUUUUACCAGUCAAUGCGCGCGAGCACUAAAGGAUAACAUGAGAGACAUGAGAAACACAAGAGACACUGGACUGAACAUCGCCUUCAUUUAUGACCCUAAGGCCUAUUAUCUUGAAAGGGGAUACUCGGAGACAGACUGUGCUGAUUUGGCCGAUGAAGUGACAGUCAAAGCUGUGACCAAUGCCCUUUGCAAGCUCGGUCACUCUGUAAUCUCAGUACCCGGCAUCAAACACCUCGUUGCUCAUCUAGAAGCAGGUGAAGAAAAGAAUUGGGACUUGGUGUUCAACUUCAGCGAGGGUGUCCGUGGCUCCGCACGCGAAUCGCAAGUGCCGGCACUGCUCGAAGCUUAUGGGGUUCUAUAUACUUUUUCUGACGCAGCCACGCUCACGAUGUGUAUUGACAAGGCGAAGACCAAGAUGCUCUUGCAGCAUUAUCGGAUACCAACGAGCCCGUUCGAAUUGGUCCCGAAAUAUGGCAACAAGGUCGAUUAUAGCUCAUUGGCAAAGGAAUUAUCAUAUCCACUCUUCGCAAAACCAACUGCGGCCUCUACCUCAAAUGGAAUUCUACCCUCGAACAAGAUCAUCCGACACGAAGACCUCGAGAAAACCAUUGAAAGUCUCCGGUGUCAAUUUACAAGCCAGGACAUAAUAUUAGAAGAGUUCCUUAGCGGAAGGGAAUUUACUGUUGCUAUCUUCGGAAACAGCAGCUCAGCCACAGUGCUAGGUGCCCUGGAAAUGACAUGGUACAACCCAGAGGGACAUGAAAAUGACACCUCGAUCGACUUUGCUACAAGCUUUUCUAAAGCUGGCCGUGGACCAGGCCAAGAUAUGGGUCAUGUCCAUGCGGACAUGGCGGACCCUCUGGUGAAAACGGUCGCCGAUGUUGCUUUAUCGGCAUAUAAAGUAUUAAGAUGUCGAGAUGCAGCGCGUGUUGAUAUACGCUUAAGCUCUCAAAAGGACAAUUCUGUUCCAUAUGUUAUAGAGGUCAACCCAUUGUUUGGACUACGAGAUGACUAUUCACUGUUCACUUGCAUCGCUCGCAAUAACGGUUUGGAGUACCAUGACAUUAUCGCUGGAAUCAUUGCUAGCGCCCUUCAAAGGCGGAAUGUAGAGGAUAGUGGUGGGGGCGGCGUCAGCUCAUAUUGA